AUGUCAAACAGACCACGUAAAGGUAACUUAGAGGAACAUAGUGAAGAUGAAGAUACACAACAAGUAGUUGAUCCAGAAACUGAAACUUCUGAGAAUGAAGACAUAACAAACGACGUUCGACAUGAUUACGAGGAAAUUGAGAAUGUGAAUAAUCACGUGGUUGAUGAGCCGUCUACGUCUGGUAUGCAGAAAAAUAAAGCGAAAGGAAAUGCCAAACGUAAAGUAUCUAUAACUGAAGACCGGUCAACCACAACCACAUCUGUGUCUAAAAAUAAUAAAAAUAAAAACGACGAUGUGCAGGAAAUAAUAAAAAAAAUCAAUAAUUCAACGUCAAAAAAGAGCCGACGAAAGAGCAGUUGA